AGAUUUUCAUGUAAAUUGAUUGCUCCCCAUCAUAGCCAUGCCAGAUUCGUCGGUAGGGCAGGUGAUCUCCUGGUACAUCUGUACCAUCAUACCAUGCUUCUUCUUGUUCCUUCGUCUGUUCAGCAGGUGGCAAAAGUUUGGCCGCCUUGCCCUCGAUGAUUACUUCCUCAUCCUCGCGGCAUUAUGCCUCAUCGGAGACCUGGCCAUUCAACAACACAUGUGGAAUCUUGGCUUGGGAAACAUGGCAGAAGCAAGCCAGGAGGAUUUUAUCGGCAUCAUGAAGAUGAUCGUACCCGGUUCCGUUCUCUAUGUCUCUUCUCUCUGGUCUAUCAAGUUCGCUCUUGUUCUCUUUUACAAGAAACUUGCCGCUCCGGGGUCCAAGAUGCAGAUUGCCUACAAUUUUGCGCUCGCUGGUUUGGCUGUCACCUUUACGACCAUCUUCUUUGACAUUCUCUUCCAAUGUUUUCCAUAUGACAAACGCUGGUCUCAUGAUCCUGCUUAUCAAUGCAGUCAGAAGGCUUCCAGAAUCAAUUACUGGAUCACCAUCCUUUUCAACAUCUUCUCUGACCUCAUCAUCAUCUGCCUUCCCAUCACCAUGGUCAUGAAGCUUCAGAUGAAGUUGAAGCAGAGACUGGCUGUGGCUUUCAUCUUCGCUCUCGGCGGCUUUGUCUUGAUUGCCAGCAUCGUCCGUGCCAUCUAUUCAUGGAAGAACGAGACAAUGUUGACCUGCACCGUAUCCAUGGUCGAGAACGGAGUCGCAAUCAUCGGUGCAUGUCUUCCCGCCCUUCGCGCCAUCUUCUUGGGUCAACCUUCAACAAACGGCAACAGCAGUUACGCAAAACAUUACGAACUUUCCUCGAACCAGCGAAGAACCCAGCAAAGCCGAAACACCACAAACUUCACAAGCAGCACGAGCAGACCAGGUCGUACCAACUCGGUGGACUCGGACGAGGAGCUAGUAAGGAACAUGCAAGCACAUGGUCAAGCACAACCCUAUGUUUCCGCACAGUCGAGUUUGUCAGACGACAAAUCGGGUGGUAUCAUGGUGGCCACAACAGUGGAUGUCGACCACAAAGACCAAGAGAGCAUCAACUCGAUGCACAGCCCAUACGGCGCUCACAGAGUCUAA